AGCCCAGCCGAUUUUGCUCAAGUACAGCCCUCUCUCUCGGCUCUUUCAGCUCAAGGCCAUGCUCCGCGCUGUGUCUGCUCUGCUGCUGCCCGCUGCCUCUCUGGCGGACAAGUGGGCCGUCAUCGCGGCCGGGUCCGCAGGCUUCUACAACUAUCGUCACCAGGCAGACGCCUGCCAUGCCUAUCAGAUCAUGCUGAAGAGCGGAGUGCCGGCAGAGAACAUCAUCCUCAUGAUGCAGGAUGACGUCGCCAAGAGCUCUGAGAACCCAUUUCCCGGCCAGCUGUUCAACAAGCCAGGGGAGGAUUCUCCUGAUGUCUACAAGGGCUGCAAGGUGGACUACUCCGGAGAGAUUGUUACCGCGGAGCUUUUCAUGAACGUGCUUACGGGCAACGCGGAGAAAGCCAAGGGCAAGGUCUUGAAGAGCACGGAGAAAGACACGGUCUUUGUGAACUUUGUGGACCAUGGAGGCCCCGGCAUUGUGGCCUUCCCCAAUGGCCCUGUGCUGCACGUCAAGGAUCUCUCCAAGACUCUGAAGACCAUGCAGAGCCAGAAGAUGUUCAGCCAAAUGGUGUUCUACAUGGAAGCCUGCGAGAGUGGAUCCAUGUUCCCGGACCUGGCAGAUGACAGCAAGAUCCUGGCUGUGACCGCCUCAAAUGGCGAGGAGUCUUCCUGGGGCACCUACUGCGGCGAUGAGGCAGUGGUCAAGGGCAAGAACAUCGGCUCUUGCCUGGGUGAUUUGUUCUCUGUGAACUGGAUGCAGGACGACGACCUGGGCAAGCUCUCGUCCGAAACCUUCAAGACGCAGAUUGCGAAGGUCACGAAGCUGACCAACAAGAGCCACGUUUGCAGCUUCGGCGACAAGUCGUUCGAGAACGAAGCAAUCGGCAAGGUGGAGUCUCAAGGCGCCCUGGGCGCCUCUGCAGCUCCCAGCGGCGCGGUGGAUGCCCGUGACAUCUACGUGACCCAGGCCUACUGGGCCUGGCAGCGAGCCGAGGGCGCGGCCAAGGAGAAGGCCUGGCAGCGAUUCCUGAGCGUCGUGAAGGACAGGGAGGCCGACGAGAAGUUGUUCGAGAGCAUCGCCAUGACGGCAUGCGCGGAUGUGAACAAGGUGGACUGCUCCAAGCAGCUCCUUGGCGAUCGCGCCGAGAUGAAGGACCUGGACUGCCACUACCGCCUGGCCCACACCUUGCACGCGAAAUGCCCUGCCUCGGAGAGCCAUCACUCUUCUGGGGGCUGGAAUGGCUACAACAUGAAGUUCUCCCAGGUGCUGCUGAACCUUUGCGAGGGCCAGGCCAUGUUGGGCAAGACUCCUGAGCAGCUUGCAAGCAUCGUGGAGGAUCAGUGCGCCCAGGCAAAGGGCGCCACCCAGCUGGUGGUGUAAGCGGCUCGAUGAGGCAUCCCAGACAAGUGGCUUCGCUGGUAUGAUAGCAGUCUUUCAGCCUGAACUGAUCGCGAAUGAGGCCACGCUGUGGCCACCUUGUUCCUAUGCUGUGCAGUGAAUCUGCGAGCAAAUGUCUUGGACUGUAUGAUUGCUUAGAUUCGUUACGUGUGUGUGCUUGGCACGCGCAACAGUCUGCUUAGCUGGAUCCAUGCCAGAGCUCAAACGA